AUGAAUGCUUCUUUUGAUAAAAAGUUGGAUGAAGUAAUGAAUCAAUUAAAACAAUUAAAUGAUAAAAAAUGUAAAAAAGCGAAUUUUGUUUUAACAAAAAAUAAAUGGAAAGUUAUUGAUAAAGUUUGGAAAUGUUGUGAAAAUAAUUGUGUAAAUACAGACAAUCCUAGAAGUAUUUGUAUUGAAGGAAAUGGAUAUAUUAAUAUAAUUGAUGAUGAAAAUAUUUAUUAUAUUAAUUGUGAGGAGGGGAAAGGUGUAAAUAAAUAUUUUCGUGUUUGUGUUGAAAAUUCAUUUACUAAACCAAAAGAAUAUUCCAACAAUUAUUCUUUAUUUUAUUUUGAAAUUAAAUGUAUAAAAAUUGAAACAAAUGAAAAUAAAAGAAAUUGGUUUGUCGUUGGCCUAAGUUAUAAUAAUUAUUAUAUUCGAUUACUUGCAAAAUGUGCUUUAUUUAAAACUGAAAAAAAUGAACAAAUUGAAUUAGACGGCAAUUUUAAAUGGAAUAAUGUAGAUGUUUUUGGGUGUGGAUUGGUAUAUCCACCAACUUAUAAAAUAAAUAAAUUUCCGUAUAUAUUCUUUACACAAAAUGGACAAAUAAUUGGUAAAGAAAUAUAUCCAAAAUAUAAAUGUGAUUCAUUCAAUCCAUAUAUUAUCGUUGAUAAUUGUUUAAUUGAAGCCAAUUUUGGAAAUGAUUUGGAGAAUAAACCUUUUAUUUAUGACGUUAAAAAACAUGUUGUUUUUUAA